CGUGCGUGUGGCAGUGUGCGGUGAGAGUUCCAUUUGUUCGGUCGUAUGCAUGUCGACGGCGUUAAAAUAAAAUUAAAAUAAAAAACGAAAAAAUUGUAAUUGCAAAUUUUGUAAUAAUAAUUAAAAAAAUAGUUUCUAUCCAGACACGUUAGGUUGAAAUAUCACAAUCGCCGUUGUUUGUAUUUUCGCGUGUGCCGAAAUAAUAAUAAUAGUAUAAUUUAUUUUUUUAAUACUAUCGAAAAUAGUAUAAUAAAAUAUAAUAGAUAAUAUAUUUAUUAUUAUUAUUAAAGUAAACGUACCGACCGUCGUCAUGCCGCUGUCGCUCAAGUCCAUAUGGAAAGGAAAUUCGAAACACAAGAAAUUAUCCGAAGACAAAACUCUGGCGAUCGAACAAAACGCCGACGAUGACACAGCGAUCACCGCCGCAGAAGGUGUCGAAGACGACAUGACCACGUACGACGUUAAAUACUUGGGCAACACUCCCGUGGCCUGUGUGGCCGACGCGGUCGCCGAAUCCGUUAAAACGAUCCUGGUGAUGGCAAAAGCUAGUAAAAGAAAACCACAAAACGUAACGGUGUCUUUAAACACGCAAGGCAUUAAAGUAACCGACACUAGUGACGAAAAAAACAUAUUGCUUGAUACGCCGAUAGAAAGGGUGUCUCAUUGUUUUACCGAUCCGACCCAAAGCAACGUACUCGCCUUCGUCGUCACGGCCAACGGUCAAACCAUGUCGGAAUGCCACGCUUUUCUUUGCGCCAAACGAAAAAUGGCGCAAAGCAUGUCCGUGACCGUUAGUCAGACCAUCAGCUCGGUGCCCGAAGUCUGGAAGGAAUACGCCAACAAGUCGCAGAAGCCGGAAGUCGUCCAGGCCAAAUUACCGGAAGCACCACCGGCCGAACGCCGCAUCCAAGAUGAAUCGACAACAACGGCGCCUCAAGAGGUCAAAGAAGUGUCGCUAAUAGAUUUAUCCGGAGAACCGUUGCCCAGACAGCAAUACGACACGUCCAGUUGGGUAUGCUUUGAAGACGACAAAACAUCUGCAACAAUGGACAUAGAUAUCUUACACCAAAGACCUGAAACGUUUGCAAAUUUCUCCCAUCAUUUCAGUCAAGAUCGUCAAAUGUGUUGUUGAAAACAAAUUUUAUAUACCAACCCGACACACUAGCAACGCGUGUGUGUGUGUUUUUAUACAUUAAUUUACUACUAAUAAUAAUAAUAAUAAAAUAAUGAUAAUAAUAUAAUAGUAAUAAUAGUUGUAUAUUAUGUAUUAUUUUAUAUUUUAGUAAUACUCGUUUGUGGUACUAGCGGCCGCUGAUCAGCCGUAGCUUCAUUUAACUAUCAAAUUUUACCCAGAAAUGUUUAACGGCGCGUUAUUUAGCUUACGCGCAAUAUUUUUUUAAAUAUACACUUAUAAAUUAUAAUAUACAUACAUACAUACAUAUAUAUUAUAUGCGUUUUAGCCAAAUAAACUUUGAAAAUAAUUGUGAGCAUAAAUAAACUGUUUUGUUUUCCCGGAUGUCGCAACUGUGUGUGUACCAACGUAACGGUAUAAGUCUCGUCAAAAGAAACCCACUAUUGAGAUUAUUAUCUGUUGAGAAGUAUCUCAUAUAUAUAUUGUUGUAUUGCAUUUCUUUAGUCACGAAUGUUUUAAAUUACAUUCAAACGAAUAAAAAUGCAUGGAAUAGAGAUAUUUUAUAAUCGCGUUUGAAAGUAUAAUCGUAUGUACAAAAUGU